AUGGAGAGAACAAGAGGAGGUGGAGGCCAGUACCCGCCGAAUCUGCCGGACACGCCAAACGCGCCUUACAUAUUCAUUAACGGGCCGCCUCAGGAUCUGUACCCGGUCGACAAUUUCUCUUCGGGUUCGGGCAGGGUCUUCUCGACCGGACCGGUUCGGCUUCUGAUCGGCGGCUUUCUGGGGCUGGUGGCUUUGUGGUGA